AUGGCUAAUGUGGCCUUCCAAAUAAGGAUACACAUGCAGUACCCCUUUUUUGUAUUUGGGGAUUCCAUAUUUGAUGCUGGAAACAACAACUACUUCAGCACUGUUUUUCAGGGAAACUACUGGCCAUAUGGUGAAAUCUACAAAAAGGGUCAUCCUACCAGAGCUAGUGCUUUGAUUGAAACUCGCCAAGGCUUAGGGAGAGAUCUUCAUUGUCAACUAUCAUAUUUCAAGAACGUUGGGAAGUCGUUGAGGCAGAAACUAGGGGAUGAAGAAGCCAAAUCUCUACUGUCUCGAGUUGUCUACUUGUCCAACAUCGGAAGCAACGAUUACCUUUUCCCAUUCAAUACAGAUUCCAGCAUGCUGAGAUCCUCAUCCCGUGAGGAAUUUGUUGGCCUGAUGAUCGGCAACAUAACUGCAGUUAUUAAAGUAUGCAUCACCUGUGCUAUGUAG